AAAACCUCUCUUCUCCUCCAAUGGCGGUUUCUGGUCUCCUCCCUCACAUUCACUCAUUCCCAAGCACCUACCAACCUCUUCGCGUUGCAUUUAGGUCUCCCAAAUCCCCAUUUUCCAAUGGUGGAUUUGCCACCAGACUCGCGGUAAAGGCCGAGGCCAAAGCCAAAGCCAAAGCCAAAGCCGAAGCCAAAGCCAAAGCCAAAACCAAAACCAAAACCACAUCCACAGCCACAGCUACCUCCGUGUUCGAAGACACUCACACCGUCAACAUUGCCGACGACGUCACUCAGUUGAUCGGGAGAACACCAAUGAUUUAUCUCAACAAGGUUACACAAGGCUGUGUGGCAAAUAUUGCUGCUAAACUCGAAUCUAUGGAACCUUGCCGAAGUGUCAAAGACAGAAUUGGUUAUAGUAUGAUAUCAGAUGCUGAAGAAACUGGAGCAAUUUCUCCAGGGAGGAGUAUAUUAGUUGAACCAACAAGUGGUAAUACAGGACUUGGUAUUGCAUUUGUUGCGGCCACUAAGGGAUACAAACUUAUAGUCACCAUGCCUGCAUCCAUAGACAUUGAAAGGCGGAUUCUCUUACGUGCAUUUGGAGCAGAGAUUGUUUUGACGGAUCCCAUGAAAGGUAUAAAAGGGGCUGUUGAUAAAGCUGAAGAAAUUGUUCAGAGUACGCCAAACGCAUACAUGUUUCAACAGUUUGAUAAUAUGGCCAAUGCAAAGAUACACUUUGAAACUACAGGUCCAGAAAUAUGGGAGGAUACUGUGGGUAGUGUUGACAUAUUUGUUGCUGGAAUUGGGACUGGUGGUACUGUUACAGGCACUGGACGCUACUUGAAAAUGAUGAAAAGAGAUAUCAAGGUAGUUGGAGUAGAACCUGCAGAUAGGAGUGUAAUAUCUGGAGAUAACCCAGGUUAUGUUCCAAGCAUUUUGGAUGUUAAAUUGCUUGAUGAGGUUCUAAAGGUUACAAAUGAUGAAGCUGUUGAAAUGGCAAGAAAAUUGGCAUUGGAGGAAGGCUUGCUGGUUGGUAUUUCUUCAGGAGCUGCUGCCGCCGCUGCCAUAAGCAUAGCCAAAAGGCCAGAAAAUGCAGGAAAACUCAUUGUGGUUGUAUUUCCAAGUUUUGGUGAAAGGUAUAUCCCCACCAUUCUUUUCCAUUCUAUCCAUGAAGAGGUCCGAAAAAUGGAACAUAGAUAGCAUGAACUAUUCCAGAAGUAUAAGCAUUCUCGACAUCACCCCCACAUCCCCAAAUGAAAGAGCAGCCACCAUUUACGUUUGUCUGAGUUUCAGGAAUUAGGGUAUUAAGAGAAGCGAUUCAAGUUCAGAAGAAGACUUCACCAGUGCUUCAGGGCCUUGAUGAGAAUGGAACUGCGGUUGAGAUUGAGAUUGUGUUCUCAAUGUGCCGCUUCUCCAUUUCUUCGUGGAUUGUGUUUGGUUCUUUUCUCCAGGAAAUAUGAUCAAAUUUGAUUGUUUAUCCAGAUGCAAGCUGCUAAUAAAGCCGGUAUCUGAUAUUGGAAGAUGUAUGAAUCGGUCUGAGUUGAAGAGGCAGCUUUUAUAUAACAGGGCUGUUUGAUAUUCAGAUUUUGUAAUUUUUAUCGAUCAUCUGACAGAUUGCAGCAUUUUGCAUACAAAAUUUCAGUGGCAUUUCAUAAUAUAUGGAAAAGUGAACUUGUAAAAUCAGU